GUUUUCGGUCGUCCCGUAUGAGUAAUUUUUAAACCCUCAUAUUCCACAAUCCUUGGCUUUAUGGACCAAGAGGUCUGAGCCAGAAACGGAGAGAAGAAAAAAAAAAAAAAAAAAAACACUUUGGUAAACUUUCGCGCGCACGUGUAGUUCAACGAAAGUUUUCGUUCUUUUAUAAUUUAUGUAGAAUUUGCUAAAAAUAAAAUUAUUUUACAAUGGAUAAUAGUGAUUUGUUCCGUAAGCUUACCUGUGGCGUAAAAUUCUCUUCCAAAAAUAAUCCCUCGCUGCUAAAACGGAAGCACACGGGGUCUACCACAAAGACACCGUCGGAACCACCAGCCGAGGUCAAAUUGGAAAUCAAAGAGGAAGAUGACGAUUCGGACGAUAGCUCCGGUGCGGAGCAGGUUCCGCUGUUUCCGCACAGUCCGUUGGUCCUGAGCGAAGACGAUAUCAAGGAGGAAAUAAAAUCCGAGGAAGACGGCGAGGCUUACGAGGGUGAGGAUUCCGAAAGGAAACGUAUCCGGCUAAUGUCGCCGGAGAAGCGUGAGCGGUACCACCAGUUUAAGGUGAAUCGAUUGCGAAAUCUGCACCAGAUUAAGGUGAAGAAGGGACGGAAGGUAGCGGUUCCGGAUCCGCUCGAGCAGUUUCGGGAGCUGGCUGAGCGGUAUAAUGUGUCCAAUCAGUUGAUUAAGAACAUCGAAAGUUGUGGCUACAAGGCGCCUACGCCGGUGCAGAUGCAGGCGAUACCGGUCCUGCUGGAGGGUCAUCCGGUUCAUGCCUGUGCCCCGACCGGUUCGGGGAAAACGGCCGCUUUCCUGAUACCGAUCAUUCACCAUCUGAAGAAGCCGAUGAAGUGCGGCUUUCGGGCGCUGGUGGUGUGUCCGACGAGGGAGUUGGCCAAGCAGACCCAGCGCGAGUCGCUUCGGUUGUGCGAGGAGAUCAAUUUGAGGACGCACGUGAUUACGAAGGUGGAUGAACACACCACGGAUUAUGGGCUGGAAAGCAGGAAGCACUACGACAUCCUGGUGACGACACCGAACCGGAUCUGCUUCCUGGCCAAUCACAAUCCACCGCUGAUAGAUUUGAGCAACAUCCAGUACAUCGUGGUGGAUGAGGCCGACAAGUUGUUCGAAGAGUCGAAGAACAGUUUCCGGGAGCAGCUGGAUUCGAUUAUGGCCGCCUGUAGCAAUCCGUGCAAGGUGGUGGCCUUCUUCAGUGCCACGGUUACAAAAGAGGUUACAACCUGGGCCAGUGAGAAUAUGCCCAACAGAGUGCGAUUUUCGGUGGGAGUGGCCAACAUGGCGGUGGAUUUGGUGGAGCAGGAGCUGCUGUUCGUGGGAAGCGAAAGCGGCAAGUUGUUGGCCUUCCGGGAGAUGGUUCACAAGGGUUUGACGCCGCCGGUGCUGGUGUUUGUCCAGAGCAAGGAUCGAGCGCAGCAGUUGUUCACCGAGUUGAUCUACGACGGGUUGAAUGUGGAUGUCAUCCACGCGGAUCGGAGUCAAAAAGAACGGGACAAUGUGGUUAGGUCGUUCAGAGAGGGUAAGAUUUGGAUCCUGAUCUGUACGGAGCUGAUGAGCCGAGGAAUAGAUUUCAAGGGAGUGAACCUGGUGGUGAAUUAUGACUUCCCACCUUCCACGAUCAGUUACGUGCACAGGAUCGGCCGAACGGGUCGUGCCGGGAGACGCGGAAAGGCAGUGACCUAUUUCACCAAGGACGAUACAGUAAACCUGAGGUGCAUCGCCCAACUGAUCAAGCAAUCCGGGGGAUCUGUGCCGGAGUAUAUGCUAAAGCUUAGGAAAAGUUCCAAGCGGGAACGGAAGAAACUAGAACAAAAGGCUCCGAAGCGGGCAGCCAUUCGAACUUUACCGGCAUUCGAGAUGCAAGAGCGUGCCAAGAAGAAGAAGCUGAUCGCGCGGACCAAAGCGAAGAAGACGGGAAAAAUGCCCGUUCAGAACGGCCAUAGCAAGAACGGCCAAGCGAAGAGUCAAAAACAGAAAAAGGCGAAGUAAGGUAGGUUCUUUCAAUAAUAAAUUUAGCUCAUAGUUAUUCGUAA